CCCAAAAAAUAUGGCAGGGUUCCGCCUGGCUACAAAACCUAGCUCAUCUCUGCCGCCGCCGCCGUCUCGAUCUCUGCCGCUAGCCCUCUCUGCGCCUAGCUAGGGUUUGCAACUGCAGGGCUCGUGGCCUCCUCUCAAGAGCAGCCAACAUGCCGAAGCAAAUCCAUGAGAUCAAGGACUUCCUUCUCACAGCGAGGAGGAAGGAUGCCCGUUCCGUGAGGAUCAAGAGGAGCAAGGAUGCCGUCAAGUUCAAGGUUCGCUGCUCCAAGUACCUCUACACGCUCUGCGUGAAUGACACCGAGAAGGCCAACAAGCUUAAGCAGUCUCUCCCCCCAGGCUUGAGCGUGCAGGAGGUCUAAGGUCUUGAGACCGAUUAUGGCACCUCGCUGAGUGAUUUGCAUCUCUAUUCCCACCUUCAAAUAGGCGACUCCCAGACUUCGUUGUUAAAUGAAUUGUUGCCGCUGAGAUGAAAUAUUCUGUGGAAGUAAUAUGACGUUUGCUACUCUGGAAUGUUUUGCCAGCUGCACCAUUCUCUCUGUGAUAUGUGAAGCGUGUUUCCUUCUUUUCGACAUUGAUAUGUGAAGAGUUGGUAUCACGUUGUAUGGUUCUUAUCA